ACACGUCUUUAAAUAUUUCACUAUUUUUUGAGCGAAAAAGUUGUGAGAGCAUUGUAAAUUGUAGAUUCACCUUUAAUCGAAAUGUCAACAACAUAAACAGAGUCAUGAGUCAACGAAAGCAGUAUAAAACUCAUUUAGAUGAUGAAAAUUGUGCGAUUUCCAGAACUUCAAGUUGGAGAAAGAGAAAGAAACUUGAAUCGACUAACGAAAAUAAUUCAACACUUGAUGAACCAAGUUCAUUCACACGUGAUGAGGAAAAACUAGAAGAUGAAGUUGCGUCAAUGUCACUUUCGGAAAUGGAGAAAUCUUCUGAAUCGGAGUCGGAAGAACAAUGUCAUGAAAUAGAAGCAGACGAUGAUUGCUACAAUUGGUCAGAUAUCAUAUUCGGUGAAGAAGAAUAUAAUGAAGAUAACCCACAUGAAUAUAAUUACCAACAAUAUUUAGAAGAAGAAAGCGAGCUUGUCACACCUACUUCAAACUUGGACAAAAAAAUACAAAGCGAAAGAUUUUUUCAACCUCUCAAAAAAUCUAUACCUUUAAGUGAAGGUGAAAUUUUAAUGAUGGUGAUAAAGUAUAGCUUGCGAUUUAAUUUAACACACACGGCUGUCACUAACUUGAUUAAAAUGUUGAAUUGCUUUUUUCCAAGACCACUGCUACCAGAUACAAGAUAUUUAGUAGAUAAAAUUUUUUUCCCAAAAGAUAUUGCUACAUAUCAUUCAAUUUGUCCAAAUUGUGAAACAUACGCAGGUAAAUAUUCUCAUGAAUGUAUAGAAAAAGUAUGUGAAGUUUGUAACCAUAAAAUUCAGUUAAGAGACAGUAAUUAUGUGAGUUUUUAUGUAACAUUUUCUUUAUCAAAGGAAAUAAAAAGCGUACUAGAAUGUAACGAUGGCUAUUACGAUUUUGUUAUUAACGAGAGACAACACGAUAAUGGUGUUUAUGAAGACAUUUACGAUGGCCAAGCAUACAGAAAAUUUGUAAAAAAUUUAAGCCCUCAAGAUAAAAAUAAUUUUUGUACAUUAAUUUUUAACUCUGAUGGAGCACCCGUAUUCAAUAGUUCUUCAUAUUCGAUUUGGCCAUUACAAGUUAUUGUAAAUGAAACACCAAUUCAAGUUAGAACAUCAAAGAGUAUAGUCUAUGGUUUAUGGUUUGGAAAAGGUAAACCGGACAUGGAAGUUUUUCUACAAUCAUUUGUAGAUGAUGUAAAUCAUCUAUCAAACAAUGGAAUUCCGUGUACUAUUCGUGGUGAAGAACGAAUUAUUAAACCAUUUGCUGUGUGUUGCUGCGUUGAUACCAUAGCACGUGCUCCCAUGCAAGGAAUGCAUCAAUUCAAUAAAUAUGGAGCGUGCAAUUGGUGUAAGCACCCUGGUAAAUGGAUUCCAAAUAAGCAAAAUACUGGUGGUAGUGUUAAAUAUCCAUUAUUAAAAUCAUUACCUGAAGAUAAAACUGAAGAAGAAAUGAUUCUUUCCAUGUCACAACUAGUAAAUGAUGACAAACCAUUAUAUGCUAUUAAUGGUGUAUCGCCUUUAAUAAAUUUACAGCACUUCAACAUAAUUGAUGGAUUCACGCCUGACGAUAUGCAUUUUGCUAGACUUGGUGUGGCUAAGCAGUUUACAGAUUAUUGGUGUUCUUUUAAAAACUCAUCAUUAUCUAAAACUUUAAACUCUACCAAAAUGUAUGAGAUUGAUAACAUUUGAAAAUGAUUCAAGUUCCAAAUCAAAUUAUGCGUCCCUCCCGUCCCUUGCAAGAUCGACGUUAUUGGAAAGCAAAGGAGUGGGAAAACUGGAUUUUAUAUUUUAGUAUACCGAUCUUAACACAUUAUUUAGAAUCAAAAUAUGUUAAACAUUGGGCACUAUUUGUUCAAGUGUUCCAUGUAUCCCUGCAAUCAAAAAUAUCAAGAUUAGACAUGGAAAAUAUUGAGAGUUUACUAAAAAAAUUUCUAGUUGAAGCUGAACAACUAUAUACUAAACGAGUUGCAACAUAUAAUCUGCACCAAACCAUUCAUUGGCUAAAAGGAUUGAUAAAUUGGGGACCAGGAUGGACACAUUCAGGUUUCGUCUUCGAAUCUGGAAAUGGACGACUGAUAAAGAAUAUAAAUAGCUCGAAAGGUGUCACGAACCAAAUUGCACGAAACAUCGCAAUGCAGAGCAGUGAUCAUAUUUUGUCAAAAAGCGUUUUACCAACAUGUUCCAAAAAUGUUGAAAAUUUUUGUAAAAAAUUGCAAACCAGAAAUACACUCAAGUCAUUUGCAUUCAGAUCAAAAAGGUAUUUUGGACGUGCUACUCAUGUAGAAAGUAAAUGGAGAGAACAAUUGGAAUUAUCACCAAAUGCACUCUAUUACAAAAGGAUGGUCAAGGAUAGAUGUUUAUAUUCAUCAUCAAAAAUUAAAUGCAAUCGUUCAAACAAUACCAUUGCUGUAUGCAAUGAUGGUCAAUUUGUACAAAUUGUAUAUUUUAUAGUUGACGAAUUUACAGCCAAAGAAUUUUGCGUCUGUGAAUUAAUAAACACUGAAACAUUGUAUCCAAGUCAGUUAACGGUAAUAAAAAGAAUAACUUCAUCAUCGAAUGAAUUAGUAGCUAUAGACACAAAUGAAAUCAACAGGAUUUGCGUUUCUGUCAAAGUGAAAAAUAUAUCAUACAUUUCCCCUGUGCCUAAUUUGCAUUAUAUGUAAAAAUCAUCCACAGGAAACGUAUUUUAUAAUAGAAUACUUUAAUAAUUAAUUUUAUAAAAUCAUAAUUUAUAAUUCUUACGUUAAUUAUUUAAA